AUGAACUGCACCACAGUCUGGGUUGAGAUUGCAUUGGCUGGUAGUCUGUUCCAUACACUUGCCACCGUAUGGGAGAAGAAAUUCGCUCUUAUGCUCCUCAGAGCUCUGGGUUUGCUCAAUUUCAAUCUGUUGCUCCUAUCUAUGCUGAGUAUAGAGGCUCCUGUGCUGGUGAUUUCUUUAGGAGCUUCAAUGCCGCAAUGA